AUGGUUGAAAGUGAACCUAAUAUUUUAAUGCAAAAUUGGGAGGAUGACUAUUUAAUUGAAACUGCAAUUGAUUCACCUCGGGUUUGGAAUACAUUAUACGAUGAAAUUGAAAUACAGGAAUUAAAAUCUAAUAGAUAUGAUGAAGUACUUAAAAUGAUCAAGGAACAUUAUAUCCACGAUGAACCAAUAAUUCAAAGUAGUAAAAUGCAUACGGACAAUGGAUCUGUUGAAGAAUACUUAUACUUGGUUCGAACUUGGAUGAAAGACACACUUUCAACUGUUGCUGUUGAGCAGAAAACUGGAAAUUUAGUUGGAUUUAUUGUAUGCAGAUUCAACGAAUUAAAUAACAGAGAUCCUGAAUUCAGCAAAGAUAGGGUAUAUGAAGGAAUUGGCACAGAGUUGCUGACAAACGUCGUGAUGAGACAACUUCCCGAGUACAGAUGGUUCGACAUCGACGUGAUCGCCGGCGUGUUCACCGACAAGGUGAGCCAAAACAUUGCCGCGUCGUUGGGGAUGGAGACAUUAUACGAUUUCAUAUACUCGGCAUGGACCGUCGCCAACAACACAACUGGUGAACAAGAUGAGUUCUUCAAACAAAUCGUGCGGGAUAAUUACUCGGCCAAGGUGAUGUCUAUGAAAGUCAGCACGUCGCCGUCGAAUCACAGCUACGCCUAA